AUUAAGUUUAAUUAAUUCCAUGGCUUAGCUGCACCUUGCCCUUGCUUCGGGCGAAAGUAACAUCACAGUUUUAAAAUAACACAAAUGAGCUAAGUGUUGUUGUUUCAUCAACAAGUGUUCAUUUUCGGUAAUGUGAACGGAUGCUCCGGAAUCUAAAAUCCAUGUUAUUUCAGCAUUCUUAUCUUAAACCUUUUCAUGUGGAGAUGUCUUACACUGUUCCAUGAGGUCUAGGAUUUUUUUCAUUGGUCAGUGGAAAACGUAUGAGCUCGAGCUUUAGCAUCUGUUCUCGUCACCACAUUAGCAACAGCUCGGCCACGUCCUCUCCCGACUUCACCACGGCUGCGAGUUCCUCAUCCUCUUCCCGCGUUGUCGUACCACCAGUCCGGAUAUUGUUCGGUCCUUUUAAAGUAGUUGUCUGCUCUGAGCCCUUGCUUUUUGCAGUACAUGCAAAUGACUUUAUCCUCUCGUCCAAUUGGUGGGGCAGCAAUCUGAGUUGCAAACCCAACCACAUCAACCUUCUCAUCGCCAUCCCGGCGGGACAAAUGAUGACCCCAUCCUUUAAUUAAAUGAAUAUUAGUCACACAAAACUCUUCAAAAAAGAUAAAUGAAAAGGAUUUUUGAAAUAUCCCAAAAGAUGGAAAUAAUUAUAUCGAAGGAGAGUUGACAUAUUUAGGGUGAACUCUGAGGGAUUGACAAAAUUAAGUUAGUGGUGUGCCAAGGUAUUUUUCUACUCAUGUUUUUACUUUUUAUAGGCAAAAAAGUCUACAGUUGACUUUAUUUCUUUCAAUAAUACUGUAGUGAAUACACAAAGUCUCAGACAGUUGAAAAUGUUUCCAAUGCAGUAAAAUCUAGGAAGCUAAUCACCGGUGUUUUUUUUUUUACUUGUUUUUCUACCCUUCCCCUGAGAGUCAACAAUCGCCUGGUUUUCCGAUGCAUCGGAGACUCAGACUCUAAGCUGAUUGCAGUUAAUAAUAAGUCAACAAAACUCCAAGCGAAGGCGUUACUAUAUUUACAAGCUGAAGAAAUGGCUUCUGAAAUCGAAUUCGUGCCGGACGCCAAAGAUCAGAAGAGCUCUACUGGUCAACAAAACCCUAACCAAGUAGUCGUGGUCGAUGUACACACUGCUUCUGCUUAUGGAGACUUCCAGAAGCUCCGCAAGUUCGUUGAGAACGACGGCGUUUCUCUAGCUCAUCCGGAUGAAAAUGGCUACUAUCCCCUUCAGUGGGCUGCGCUUAACAACUUCGCCGAUAUUGUGCAGUACAUCAUUGAGCAUGGAGGAAAUGUGCAUGCUAAUGAUAAUACAGGGGAGACGGCAUUGCAUUGGUCUGCUGUGCGUGGUUCGAUUGCGGCUGCAGAUGUAUUGUUGCAGAAUGGGGCACAGGUCGAGGUGGCUGAUUCUAAUGGCUACCGGGCAGUUCACAUAGCUGCACAGUGUGGACAAACAGCUUUUAUUUAUCACAUAGUUACAAAGUAUCAAGCAGACUUUGAUGUACCGGAUAAUGAUGGAAGAAGCCCUCUUCACUGGGCUGCAUAUAAGGGAUUUACUGAUACCAUUCAGUUACUGCUGUUUAGGGAUGCCUACCAAGGUAGACAAGAUAAAGAUGGAUGCACUCCUUUGCAUUGGGCUGUAUUAAGAGGAAAUUUAGAGGCAUGCAAUUUGCUGUUACAUGCUGGCACGAAGCAAGAAUUGACAGUAAAAGAUAGGGAAGGCUACACACCUGCAAAACUUGCAACCGACAAAGGGUAUCAGCAAAUUGCCCUUUUGCUUUCUAAUGCCGAAAGCUCACACAGCCAGCGAGGGAAAGCCAAAUAUUGUCCAAGAAUAGGAGGGGCUAAUGGUUAUGCCCCAAUCUUAUUCAGCAUAGUUGUUAUUAAUAUCAUUCUUUUCAUCAGUUCUGUUCUUCUUGCUCCUAAUCUUCCAAAGCCCACUGCUGUUGUUGCACUUUCCGGAUGGAUUGGUGUUUCCAUUGGAGUUGCAUCUCUCCUAAUGCUUGUUCGCUGUAGCAGUAAAGAUCCAGGUUAUCUCAAGACUGGGACUAGUAAACAUUCUGAUUCAGAAGAUACUUCGUUGAAUAUAGAUCUGAGUAAUUCUUCUGUUUGGACUGGGAACUGGUCUCAACUCUGCCCUCCAUGCCAGAUAAUAAGGCCGCUUCGCUCCAAGCACUGCAAGACAUGCAACCGCUGUGUGGAACAGUUUGACCAUCACUGCCCCUGGAUAUCAAAUUGUGUGGGAAAGAGGAAUAGGAGAGACUUUUUCAUUUUCCUUUGCAUGGGUACUAUGACAUCACUAAUCGGGGCUGUUGUUGCCAUACAUAGAAUCUGGAUCCCUGUACCUGCAUUAGGAGAUGAUGAUGGUAUAUGGGUGCACCAUUUGGUAUUUGAUCAUCCUCUUGUAUUCGCUUUUCUUUUUAUGGAUGGGGUUAUUCUCUUUGCUACGUUCACUUUACUCACUGUCCAAGCAUUUCAGAUUGCACGGAAUAUAACAACGAAUGAGUAUGCUAAUGCUGUCCGGUAUGGAUAUCUUCGUGAUCCUGAUGGGCAUUUUCACAACCCCAAUGACCGUGGGUGUCACAAGAAUUGCUCAGAUUUCCUAAUCCAAGGUUUCCUUAAUGAUAACGAGAUUGCUUUGCCGCCUUUAUCCCAGGCUGUCCACAAGAUUUGACCUUUUUGCAGUUAGGAGAUACAUAUGCUUGAUGCCCCACAUUGCCUAUGCUUGUGUGAUGUGUGCAAGCAAUACAUUUAUCUGCUCCAAUGAUUCUUCUCUCACUCUGUACCUUCACAGAAAUACACGUUAAAAUAGUGUACUAUAAACCGAUGUGCAUUUUUUUGCCCGUGACAUCGUUAUCUUGUUGUAAUCUGAAGUUGGGAGCUAAGGUUUGGUUUCACAUUGGGGUUAUGCUCGUUCUUGUUAUUUAUAUUUAGGGUAGAAUGGCAACAUCUUAUUAUCCGCGACAUCUUAUAUUUCAAGGCUGUACAUCUUGCACCGUACAGCCAGUGACAUUUUGAUAAUUUAACUAAAAUUCGCGACUUCCACUAAAUGAGCAUUAAUUGUAUGUUUGAUGAGAACCAGAUCUAUUCUACUGA